AUGACGAAAGAGGGAACCUUGAUUUUGGCAAAGCCCCGGAGUAAUAGUAUGGAAGCCAGUCAACCGAUAAACAGUGUGUCGAAAAUGCAAGACGAUGGUAAUUAUGAUAAAGGAAGAUACAGUAUACAGAAACUCGAUAAUGCAAGGCUUUCAUACCGAAGGUUCAACGAUAUUGAUAUUAAUGAAAUUCGCAUUUGUGCCGAUAGGGAUCAGCCUCUUAAUGCCGAUGGUAUCACACUCAAUCAAUGA